GGCACUCUUUCGUCGCUUGUAUUGAUCCAGAUAGUUGUUCAUAUCGUCGUCCAUUGUAAGCGGCAACGAGCUCUACUUUCAAACUCGUUAGCGUUGCCGCGCAACCUCUGUGUGGUGACGUCUGUCGGUAAAUUUUUGGUCGCGCGCGUUAGGCGGUGAACUCAUGGCGACGUCAGACCCGAAGCGCCAGUUGAAAAUCAAAACAGGCGUUGUGAAACGUCUUGCUAAGGAAAAGAAGUCGUAUGAGAAAGAAGCUUUGCAGCAAGAGGAGAAGGUAGCCACAAUGAAAUCGGAUGGCCGAGAUGAGUACGAAGUCAGGAAAGCCAUGGAGGUGCUUGAAGAAUCACAAAUGAUGGUACCAGAUUGCCAGAAGAGGCUUGCCAUUGCUAUUGGUGACUUACGAACAAUCAUCGAGUCCAAUCACGAGUUAGCAAAUACAGAAGAAUACAAAGCUGCAGUGGAACAGUUGGAGGCAGCAGAACAAUAAGAUAGUAUUAUGUCAAAUAGUUGCAUUAUGCGAUUACUAGAAAAUACGAAACGUUGAAACAUGGUAAAAAAAAGUACACAAACAUGUGGAACUGUA